AUGGAUAGGAUUGAUACUAUUAAUGGAAACUGCUCUUACGCAGAAACGCUUGAUAUCAAAUUGAAUGGAUAUCUAACCAUGGGGGCGCUUUCCGUCACCGUCAUAUACUCUAUUCCUUCCACUGUCAUCACUUAUAGAAUUGUCUCGAGAAUGUUGAAAUGCCCAAAAUCGUUUUCAAGCGUAUUCUACAAGAUAUUUCUGCACGAUCGCCUUGUCUUUCUACUAUUCUUUGUGGUUGACGUUAUCUUACGGGUUCCACUAACAGGGCUAUUGACUUCUCUAGUAUGUAAAAUAUGGCCAGGAUUUUACUUCACCAUUCUUUAUGUUUUGUCGUACUACCUUCUAUAUAUUAGCCUCUACUCGUCCAUUGCCGUAUCUAUUGUGAGGGUAGCUGUAGUUAUAAUUCCAAUCGACGCAGCUAAGGUUCAACUGCGCCUUGCCUUAUUUCUACUUCCUGCAAUAUAUUUGUUGCCAUUGGUGACUACUUGGUUUCUUUUUCCGGCUAGAUCAUUCUUUGCUCCACUAGACGAGACUGCUUCAUUAACGAUGGCGUAUGACAGGGUAUAUCCAGCGUGGAGGAGCAGUCUUGCAUUGCUCUUUGUGUCCAUUAUCACUUGUGUGAUCGUACUCCUUUGCUUCACAAUUACAAUUAUAAGAUGGCGUACACUAUCCGGAAGGCGCACCUUGGCAUGGAAUAAAUCGGAAAUGUCAUUACUUUUGACCGUCUGCUCAUUAUGUUUAUCUCUUUGCCUAUUCUGCCUUCUUCAGGAUCUUAUGGUAUUUGGUCCUACUUGGGUAUUCUACGUCACACAUCCCUCAUUCGUCAAAAAAGUCGCUAGCGGGAGUGUGAUAGUUACAGUUGUGUCUGCUCCCAGAGCUGUCAUCAUAUAA